UUUGUGGGAAGAGUGGUUGGAGGAAGUGGAUGGCGGUGCAUGGGCAGUAGCUGCGGUGUCUGGAAGGGGAGGUAGAGCUGUUUUUGCUGCUUCUCCGUUUGGAGCGAAGGCCUGAAGCCAUUACUAGCAGCUGAACACAGCGGAGUUUGACUAUUUGGUGGCGAAAUCAGGAAACACUGCACUCACAUGGUCACGGAAAUCUACAACUCUCCCCCCAAAAGGCUAUAGUUCCUGGGUCAAUGAAACUUUCAAGAUUGAGGCUGGUAGAUUUUUUUCCUUGGAUGCUGUUAGACCUGCUGAGCUUUUCCAGCAUUUCCUGUAUUUGGUCCAAAAACCUGGGUGAUUUUGGAAAGAGUUAAGCAAUGUCUUCCUACACCUGCAUCACAUGUCGGGUGGCCUUUGCUGAUGCUGAGAUUCAGAGAUCACACUACAAAACAGACUGGCACAGGUAUAACCUGAAGCGUAAAGUAGCCGACAUGCCUCCAGUCACAGCUGAGAACUUUCAGGAACGUGUACUGGCCCAGAGAGCAGCUGUAGAAGAGCAGAACAAGGGGACUGCUACAGAUUGCACAUCUUGUGGCAAAAGAUUUGCCACAUUCAAUGCCUACGACAACCAUUUGAAAUCCAAGAAACACCAGGACACAGAAAAGAAGGCCACCGGCAUUGCAAGUAAAGAGUUGGAAAAGCUCAAUGCGAAAAACGUGGAGAAGGGAUUAAAUAAGGAGAGAAUGGACAAAGAUGCGUUGAAUACAGCCAUUCAACAGGCUGUAAAGGCCCAACUGUCGCCCUCGACGAGGAAAAGGACUGUUGUCCCGGCAACUGGAAGCACUCAGUCACAAGUCAGAGUUAGCAGCCAACAACUGCAACAGUGCAAGAAAAAGCCUGAUAAGCCUCCUCGGUUACUCUGGUUAGAACAACAAGCCAUAAAAUUGGAGCAGCAUGAGUACUCGGAUGAGGAGGAAAUAGUGGUGGAAGAUGAAGAUGAUGGUGAAUGGGAGGAUAUGGAUUCGGUCAGUGACAUGGAGGAUGAUUUGAAGGGUGAGGAGAGCCGAGCUGAUAAAGACCUGAGUGAGGACUCUCUGGCUGACACCAUUCCAAUCACCGACUGCUUAUUCUGUUCACACCACUCUCGUUCUCUGGUGAAAAAUAUGGAUCAUAUGACAAAGUCCCAUAGUUUUUUUAUCCCUGAUAUUGAAUAUUUAGUGGAUCUAAGGGGGCUGAUAAAGUACCUGGGAGAAAAGGUUGGUGUGGGAAACGUCUGCCUGUGGUGCAAUGAGAAAGGGCGGUCUUUUUACUCGACAGAGGCUGUCCAGGCUCAUAUGGUUGACAGCAGCCAUUGUAAACUCUUCACAGAUGGAGAUGCUGCUAUCGAGUUUGCAGACUUCUAUGACUUUAGGGAUAGUUAUCCUGAUCAUAAAGAAGGAGAUUAUGCUGAAAUGAAAACUGCAGAAGUACCAACCAAGAAUCUGGAAUAUGAUGAGGAAACAAUGGAGCUUGUACUUCCUUCUGGUGCCAAAAUUGGUCAUCGAUCAUUACUGAGGUACUAUAAACAACAUUUUGGUACGUCUAGAGCGGUGGCUGCCACUGGGACCCGUGUAUUAGGUAGAGUGAUGCAGCAGUACAAGGCGUUAGGCUGGACAAGUGAGCUUGCAAAAGCAGCAUCACAGAGAAGAGAACGUGACAUGCAGUAUGUACAAAGAAUGAAAUCCAAGUGGAUGUUAAAGACAGCAUUGUCCAACAAUGCUACGAAGCAGAUGCAUUUCAGACCUCAAGUCCUGUUUUAGAAAUUCGGACUCUAAGCAGACAGAGUGCACACAUCAACUAGUUAUUAUAGGGGAUAAUUGUAAUGCCUGCAACUGGAGACAUUUUGCUGCCUUUUCUGUUUGCAUUUUGGGUUUUCAUGUGUUUUUAAUACAUCUGACAUGCCUUUUGCAGGUUUAUGUUAGUGUUGAAGAUUAGAAAACAUUAUUGAAACAUUUGUUUAUUACACUGUGCUGCUUAAAAUUAACAAUCAAAUUUCAUUUUGAUAGAUAUAUUUUGAAUUCUGUGCAGCUGCAUAAUUUUGGCUGUGUAAAAUCUAAAACGUCCACAUAGCAAUAACCAUGUAAGGUAUUCAACCAUAUGAAGUUGCUGCUUUGUUAAAAAUGUACCUUGUUGUAUUUUGUCAUGAAUGAAGAAAUGGUAAUGUGUUAUCUUUCCUUUUCCCACAUAUCACUGAUUGUGUUACCCCACUAGUAUGCUAUCAGAAUGAUCUUAUACAGAAGGCUAGAGUGAGAAAGCAGCAGAGGUUCUGUGCAGUACUAGAGAGAAAUUACUCAGUUGUCGAAGCGAAUUAAUUUUAUUUCCUCUCCAAGUCAAUGGUUUCCACUGAUGUAGAGUUAAAGUGCCAUCUUGGCACCUUGCUUUGUGUUGUCAUUCUUGCCAAUGAUGAGGGUGAAAUGUUGAUGGCCAGUGGCCACACCACUGCCAAGUCCCAGCCAGUCAAUAAAAGGGUAUGAAUGGUUUAUGGCAGGGAUCAUUAUAGAGAUUGGGAUUGCUGUCUUCGCUCUCUUCUACCUGUUCCAAUUGGGAAAGAGUCUUGCCUCCCUCAGUUCAUCUCCACAGCAAUGCAGUUUAGUUUUAGAACUCAGGAGUUGGGGAUUUAACAUGUGGGCCUCUGCUGUUUUGAAAUCUUGUUGGUGUUGCAAACCCUCAGAAGGAAUGUAUGUUCUGAGACCUGAAGAGUUUGAAUACAGGUGAAUGUUGAGAAUUUUGAGGGCAAAAAACCAAAAUUCAUGAUUUUUUCUAAAUUUAACAGUUUGUAUUAGUUUAAUCAAACACUGUUGAAAUGAAUCCAAAUUGCAUAUUUUUAAUUUUUGAAUUUAAAUUAAAAAGAAAUAGAAGUAUGGAUUGGAGCAAGACACUUGGUGCAUGGCACAAAUGGUUAUUAAUUCUUUCCCUCCCUUUAUUAAAAAAAGUUACUUUUAGUUUUCCCCAUUACAAUCAAAGAAUGUUUUUCCCAUUAAAAAAAGAUGUGAAUUA